AUGGGUGAUGGUGCCGAUCAGCUUCUGGAGAGGCUGAGCUCGUUAGCGCCUGGCGGUUCAAGUCUGGAACCGGUGCUGAAAGCCUUUCACGAGGAUUGUUUUCAGUGGGAGGUUCAGCAGUUCGUUGCAGACAGGGCGGCCUUUUUCACGGUGACGUGUGCCGAUGGAUCACAUCCACUGGUAUGGACUCAGUAUCACGAUGAGUACAAAGGCUUAUUCGAAACGCACUUGAACAAGGUUCUCCACUCUUUGGAUAUUGAUGUCGUCGAGUUCACUUCCUUUUGUGAAUGGCUUCGUGUAAACGCCGACAUCUUUGAGGAUGACACGGAAGGUUUGUACCCAUUCCUGCAAACCGUUACAGCCUCGUUGGAUUACAACGCCUUUCUGGCAGUGGUCUUUGCAGAGGUUCGCCGGCAGCGUGGCGAGACAGAGGCGACCCACGCUGACUUGGAUGUACAAGUCCCAGAAGGCAUGGCUCCAGGUCAGCCAGUUGUGGUGGAGUACCUUGGUGCACAUUACGAGCUGACGAUCCCGGUGGGUUACGAGCCGGGGAUGGUGUUUCGGACAUGCGUUGCCCUGUAG